UGGAACGUGGCCCGGAAGUUGCUAUUGUUUGUGAGGGUACAUUUAACCUGAGUAAAUAAGCUAAACGAAGGCGUUGACGUACUUGUGUAAAAAUCGAGAUGUUUUGAAAAUUCUAUCGGAUAAUAUAGUUAACUAACUGUGGCUAGCUGAAAUAGCUAAUUAGGUCAGUGUUGGUAUGCGUCUACUAGCAUAGAUAGCUGACGUUCGCUAAAUUGGGUUCUUAGCUUGAAACUAGCUUGCUUCUUCAGCUACCAAGCAACAUGCCUUCGUACAAAGCAUUGAGGAAAAGCAACCGUUUCUAUUAUUUCAUCAAAUUCACCUUAAAUAUCUACUCAAUGCUCUUCUCGCUCCUGGGCCUGUGUGUGCUGUGCGUGGGGGUGUAUGCGGAGGUGGAGCGCCAGAAUAACCGUACCCUGGAGGGGGUGUUCCUGGCCCCCGCUGUGGUGCUCAUCCUGCUGGGCAUGGUGAUGUUCACCGUCUCCCUGGUGGGCAUGGUGGGCUCCCUCAGGGACAACAAGACCCUGCUACACAUGUUCUUGUGUGUUCUGUGUGUCCUACUGUUCCUGCAAGUUGUGGCUCUCAUCGUUGCACUCAUCUUUGAGAAGAAGACAUCAGCCUUGUUCCAAAGCAGCAUACGAGAGGGAAUUAAACACUAUUACGAAGAUCUGGACUUCAAAAACAUCUUGGACUUUGUGCAACAGAAGUUCUCUUGUUGUGGUGGGGACGAGUACAAGGACUGGGGUGUCAAUCAAUACCAUUUCUGCAAUGGCACCGGGCCGCUGGCCUGUGGCGUUCCUUAUACAUGUUGUGUCCGCCACAAGGUGGGAGAGGUUGUCAACACUCUUUGUGGUUACAAGACUCUCAGCCAGCAGCGUGAGGUCCUAGAUGAGGUGAUUCAUGUGCGAGGCUGUAUCCAUGCUGUCAACCUGUGGAUGGGCGACAACGUGGGAGCAACUAUUGGGCUCUGCUGUGCCUUAGGUCUGCCACAGCUGAUGGGCAUCGUGCUGAGCUGUAUGUUCUGGAACCUGCUGGUGGAGAUGAAUGAAUCCAUGGACAUGGUGGACUUCAAGAUCCUCAAGAGAGCUGGCUUUGAGUACAGCGAGCUGGACCUGGCUGGUGCCGGCUGCUGCCUGUGUCUGCCCAGAGACGGAGGCUACCUCCCCCUGCCAGCUUUAGACCCCAUCUUGUCUGACCCUGACCUAAAGCCCAUCCCCAUCCGAGUCCAGCGACCCCUGCCCGUCCAGGUCCAUAGGCCCCUGGCCCAAUCCCUCCAAGACCUCAAGCUAUCUGGGCUUAGACUGGACGAGGUAGACAUUGGGCGGAAGCAGAAAAGAAGGGAAUAUUAAUUUUUGAAUUAUUUUUGAAUUUUAAUGUAUUUUUUUGGUCUUGUUUUGGUCUCUGUGUUUGUUGAAGGACAGGUUAGACCUGUUGCACUAUUUGGUGGUCAAACCGAUCAAUGGUCAUUAACUGACAUGAUCACAGGUUAUAAUGGCCACGUUCCUAGCUGGCUACAUUGCAUACGCAUUCCAGAUCUCAAUGCCUGGAUAGGUGUUUAACAUAUCAGCUAACCACAUGAUAUGAUAUAGCAAUCUGAUGCCUGACUGCGCAGUUGAUGACGUGGCACACAUCCAUUGGUUGAUGCAAUGCAUGCAGUUGGCCUGGAACCCGACCAGAGGUUUGGCACUUUGGAAAGGCAUUAUUGGAGCAAUUGUUAUCCUGUUUUAAAAAAGAAUUAUUAGUCUUUCAAAGAACAAGGUGCUGCAGUGGUUUUUAGACACUAAUUUAAGUUGUUUUUACCUUUUUCUAAAUGGAGCUUUCAAAUGGAGCUGCGGUCUCUGCAUUAUUUUGACAUUUCCUCAAAUUUGUUGCAGGUAUUUUAUAAAUCUUUUAUUUUGAGCUGUGUCUCAUGUGCUAAAGCAUACCUCAGGCUAUAUUCAAAUGGCUCAAUAGUCAGAAGACAAUUCACAUCAUGUUUAUUUACUAUACUGACUUGACAUUUUCUUGUUUUGAGAUGAUCAUUCUAGUCAGAGCAGAGGAAUGGGAGUAGCCAAUCUUAUCUUGCUUCGAGUGCAAUGUCUGUGAAGGAUGUGUAGCCUGUUUCUUUUCUGUAUGAACUCUGCUUCCAUUUGUACCGGUUUGUACAGUGCCUUCGGGAAGUAUUCAGACCCCUUGACCACCUUCCAACAGGACAACGACCCUAAGCACACUGCCAAGACAACUCAGGAGUGGCUUCGGGACAGGUCUCUGAAUGUCCUUGAGUGACCCAGCCAGUGCCCGUACGAACCCAAUCCAACAUCUCUGGAGAGACCUAAAAAUAGCUGUGCUGCAAUGCUCCCCAUCUAACCUGACAGAGCUUGCGGACCUGCGGUAAAACAUGGGAGAAAUUCUCAAAAUACAGGUGUGCCAAGCUUGUAGCGUCAUACUCAAGAAGACUCGAGGCUGUACUCUCUGCCAAAGGUGCUUCAAUAAGUACUGAGUUAUGGGUCUGAAUACUUAUGUAAAUGUGAUAUUUCAGUUUAGAAUUUUCUAUAAAUUAGCAAAAAUGGCUAAAAAUCUGUUUUUGCUUUGUAAUUAUGGGGUACUGUGUGUAGAUUGAGGAGGGGGGAAAAUUAUUUAAUCAAUUUUAGAAUAAGGCUGUAACGUAACUAAUUGCGGAAAAAGUCAAGGGGUCUGAAUACUUUGACGGCACUAUAUGUUUGUAUGUAUGUAUGAACGGCCUAUUCAGGAACAAAGUGAUGUGUGUGUGUGUGUGUGUUGUAUUUUAAUUAAGUUAAAAAAGGAAACUGUUUACAGGUCUUUUAGGGUCUCAUCAGGGGUUUUCAGUCUCUUCCAUUUUUUUUAUAUAUACUUAGCUUUUUUGCAAUAAAACCAAUGUUAUAAGGGAUACAACAAAUCCAGUCCAAAUUAUAUCAAUCCAUGUAAAGCUUGGAUCUUUUUCAUAUCUAAUCUGGUUUAUUGCACUGUUUGAGCUUCAGCUUAGCUCUGGCAUUGGAUAAACACUACUGUCAUUGUCAAUAAAGCUGUUUUGAAUUUGA